GUCAGCAGCUCGUCGUGCAGGGUGAGUUCAGGGUUCAAACGUUUAUAGGUACGCCGAAGUCCCUUGGGAGUUUUGGUUGUCGAGGGAAAUCCUAGGCCAGGACAGGCAUACAUAACGGUGUUUGACAGGAGCAAACUGUGCUUGAGAGUACCACAUAGCAGCCCACCAUGUCCACUGAAACCAAGUCGAACGGGGUGCCCAGCAUCCUACAGAAGAUCUACGCCCAGCGCCAGCUCGACGUCGAAAAGGCCAAGUCCACGCCGGGGACCACCCCCUCCGACCUCGACACCCUCCUCUCCCUGCACCUCGCCCCGCCGCUCAUCUCCGUCGUCGACCGCCUCAAAUCCGGGCCCAAGCCCGGCCUGAUGGCGGAGAUCAAGCGCGCGAGCCCGUCCAAGGGCGACAUCGCGCUCACCGCCAACGCCGCGCGCCAGGCGCUCACCUACGCGCUGGGCGGCGCGUCCGUCAUCUCCGUGCUCACCGAGCCGACGUGGUUCAAGGGCUCGCUGCUCGACAUGCGCCUCGCGCGCGACGCCGUCGGCGCGCUGCCCAACCGCCCGGCCAUCCUGCGCAAGGAGUUUAUAUUCGACGAGUACCAGAUCGCCGAGGCGCGCCUGCACGGCGCGGACACCGUCCUCCUGAUCGUCGCGAUGCUCCCCGUGCCGCGCCUCCAAGCCCUCUACGCCUACUCGGUGAGCCUCGGCAUGGAGCCCCUCGUCGAGGUGAACAACGCCGCGGAGAUGCACAGCGCGCUCGCGCUCGGCGCGAAGAUCGUCGGCGUGAACAACCGCAACCUGCACGACUUCAACGUCGACAUGGGCACGACCUCGCGGCUCGCGGACAUGGUCGCCGGGCGGGACGUCGUCCUCUGCGCGCUCAGCGGCAUCUCGAGCGCAGCAGAUGUGGAGAGGUACACCGCCGAGGGCGUCGGCGCGGUGCUCGUCGGCGAGUCGCUCAUGCGCGCGAAGGACGCGGGCGCGUUCAUCCGCGAGCUGCUCGGGCUGCCCGGCACACGCGAGGCGGCGACGCUCAAGCCGCGGGCGCCCCUCGGCAAGGUCGACGGCGUGCGGACGGCGGAGGAGGCGCUGCGCCUCGCGGCGGAGGGCGCG